UCCUUAUCCGUAAUAUCGGAUUGUCUGGUUUAGGUCUUGUACAAUAUUCAUUCGUCGCCUACCAUGGGGUUUCUCUGUAAUUAAAGACGCACAAAUAUGACGUUCCACUGACGAUGGCACCUCCAAAAGCACCUCCGUCCUCGGAACUCGACAAGCCAUCCUCCAACCCGGAUCCAAAACCUUCCGCCAUGUCGACCGGCUCCUAUCCCGCCCCCUAUCCUCGCUCUACCUCCCAAGGAUCUCGUCGCUCAGAUCACUCCGACUCUCGCCAUUCGAAUCGAUCGAAUCGAUCGAAUCGAUUGCACCCCAUCCCACCUGCACCGACGUUAACUCCCGCGAACGACAUUCGCUUUCAACCAGCCGCUGCGACAGGAUCAUUCUUACUAUAUGCAUACCGCAAUCUAAUUCUAUGUCUUCACCAUGACACACUGGCAAUCGAGCGUCGGUUCGAUAGGCACCGCGACGAAGUUCAAUGGAUCUCGGUGGACAACAUUAGUGAGCGGGGAGCCGGGCGACUGGUGGUUAGCUAUGAUACCAGUCAGACAACCAUUGUGUGGGACCUUUUGACGGGAGAUGAGGUGGCGCGGUUCGCGUCGUAUGAGGAGAUACGGAUUGCGAGCUGGAUGAGGAAUGGGAAUAUCGCAUUUGGGAACGACCAAGGAAACGUGAUACUUUUCGAGCCAUCAACAUCAGAACAUGUGUCUGCACGGACGAUAUUCGAUCCGAUCACUGCGCUGGCACCAUCUCCUGAUUGCCGGACGUUUUCUAUUGGUUACAUGAAUGGAUCAAUUUUGAUCGUAACAUUACAACCAUUCACUAUUCUACACACCCUCAGCACGGCGAGAUCCCCCUCACCUAUAAACGGGCUCGCAUGGCACGGAUCUUCAUCUAAGCAGAAAUCUGAGAUGUUGGCAUCACAAACAGCCGAUGGAGAUCUCCGCGUAUGGAGUAUCCCCAAAUCACCAUCACCAGAUCCGCCAACUGUAAUCCGGGUCCUGAACCGAUCGGAAAACAGGAUAAUUGCUCCAUGUUGGUUUGCGUGGUCGAAGCUUGGGAGGAUUGUUCAGUAUUCUGAAGGGCAAACUUGUGUUUGGGACGUGCGGACCAAACGGGUGACCUAUGAGACUGUCCCAACUCUCGAAGGUAUCGUCGCCAUUACCAAUUUCGGGCAAACAGCUACAUUGUUCACCUUGUGUCGGAACUUUACCAUCCAGCAGUAUGAUGUUAAUCCCAAUACUAAACCGACACUCGUUGCCAAUAUGCAGCAGCCCCCUGCAAACCUCCCACCAUCACCGCCCAAUUCGAUUGAACAGCAGAAGGCGGCACUGCACGGCAAUGCGCCACUAACAAUUGCGACGUUUCCUGUCCAAUUGGAAUUCGAGUCCACGAGCGAGGAAGAAGGCCCUCCCAUGUCCCCGUUGGAGAAGAUCGCCAAGGAAAUGGGGCAACUGGACGACCUCGAAGACGAGAUGCGUGACCGGUUGGGACCUCUCAGCCCUGUCUCAAGUCGAGGGAGCCAAAGCUCGCGCUCCUCUGCAGGUCGCAGGGAACGUGACCACCUUCGAUCAUUGGCCGCCGCGAAAAAGCGUACACAUAGUAAGAAUUUGAGCAGGCGCCCGCUUAAACCUUACUCCCCCGGUAUUGUGUCCGAUAGCUCGACCGGCGAUUCCACCGUCUUUUCAUCGGCCAACUCUUCUCUGCGUAGUGUAUCCACUCGUAGUGCGCUUGAGAGCUCACAGUGGACGUACUCUACGUCGGGGAGUGCGGCUCCCAAGUCGAGCCAUCUUCGUAAGGAAGUCACCAUCGGUCCCGACGAGAAGGAACACAGCGCUCCUAUGGAUUUGUUCCCUUACUUCAAGGCCAAGAUGAGUGAGGCACAAUUCCGCAGUGCCCCAAUGGACAAUCAGUACCGCAGCCCAGAUGACUUGAGGCGCCUGGUGUUGGAUCUCAUGUUUGACUGGACAGACGACGUCGACGCACUUAUCCGUGAAGAGAUUUCGAAACAUCCGCCGGCCUCUUCUAUCGCUGUUAUUCUUGCAAAAUGGCUCGGUGACCUCGAAGCAGACAUGGCUGCAUCUUUAGUCGGCUCGUCGGCCAUGUCUUCAGCUGACUGGAUGGUAGUCGCACUCUGUACAAUGGGGCAGGAAUCACAGAGGAAGAUGGGCGAGGCUUUCGUGCAAAGCCUUCUUGCCAAAGGCGAUAUCCACCCCGCAGUCGCUCUCCUUCUCGGAUUCGGCGAGCACGACGAGGCUGUUGAAGUCUAUGUUUCACGAAAGUACUACAUGGAGGCAUUGCUUCUUACUUGUCUUCUUUUCCCGUCAAACUGGGAACGACAGAAGCACCUAGUACGCAAGUGGGGCGAGUCUUUAUUCGUCCAAAAAAAGGCAGAGCUUUCCGUCAAAUGCUUUUCGCUUGCCAGUUUGGAUUCAUCCGAACCAUGGUUCUCUCCGCGCGCCACAGAGGCGGUUGAGGGCGCACAAGCGCGAAUGAUGGAAAGCAGACUCGCAGCCGGGAACCCGCCGUUAUCACCUCCUGCCAGCGGCCGAGCUACUGCUGGUAACAUGGGCCUGAAGCUCAUCACCAGCUUUGGCAAAAGCGGCUUGAAACCCCCUGGUGGCGCGCUUGAUGAAAAGACUCCAAUGGGAGGACCAGGGGUGACGCCUAUUGCCGAAAGUGCUCUCUCCCCCUCGGGAGCAGGCUGGAAUGGUCCCAAUGCUUUCCGCAGUAUUAACCCCCAUUCUCUUGGUUCGGCCCAAGCGACCGCAACUCCUGGCGGAUACUAUCGGCGGAGGCGAUUCCCAAGCAGAAGUUCUGUCGAUCGAAAUGCAGAUACGACACCCAUCGCCGCUACCCCUCAGUACGGAAGCAGGAUGAACACUCCACAAACGGCCAUCAAUGCUCCACCAGACCUGCCAGGAGAAGCAUCACGCGUGAAAUCCCGUAGCACUUCUCAAGGCCGAGCAUCGGAGCUAGAGAUUCUCUCACCAGUUGCUUAUGAGCCGCCUCGAACUCUGGCAUCGGCCGUAUCUGAAGGUACCGGGCGUGGGCGCGUCAAAUUGCCGCCACCGACGAAGAAUGCGUUCAGCGGAUUCAAAGAGGAAAAGCGAAAUGGGUCGAGGGAUCGAAAACCAGAAGACUUGCAUCUGAAUCUCAAGCAGAAUGUUGUGGUGGAGCCUGCCCUUGGCUCACCUGAGGGCUCGAUGAUCACUCAUACUACAGCUACAACCGCGAACAGCUCCAAAGCCACUACGAAUCGCACACGUGCAAGCGAGGGUACAACUCGAAGUACCAAAUCUGUCGAUCGCCACCUCGCAGCUAGCAAAGUUCGAUCCAUCGACCAGUACAUCAAUAGCAUACAAGCCGCGAACUUCCAAGCUGCACGUCAACGUUCUGAGAGUCGAAAGCGAGGGACAAGUCGGGAAGGAAAGGAGCGUGAUCGGACAUCUAGCGUUCACAACCGACAAUCCUCUGACUCUCGCGGUCGAUCUGGCACUCGAUACAUCAAGCCAGCCAAGCGUUCGCCAUCGUCCCCGGUCUCGAUGUCACCUGAUCAAGCGGCAUUGUAUUCAUCCCAAGAUACAUUUGAUGCAGAAAGGUUCUACAAAGUUGGCCCAACGACUGCUUCUGAGACGACGAACACUACUCGUAGAGGCCGUAGUCGCUCCAAGGGCCCUGGUGGAACGUCUAAGACACGCUCAAUAUCCCGAUCCCAUCGCAAUUCAUCUGUCGAGGGCCACAGGCAUCGAUCAAGAAGCCGACGGCAUGGAAGCUCACGGCAUGAAGACUCACGGUAUGGAGACUCACGGCAUGGGGACUCACAGCAUAGAGACGCAAGCCGCUCAGAAAGUAUGGAGCGGAUGGGACGCCCUGUACUCACGGACGGCCGUGGGCGGACACACCUUCGGGGUGAAGGAUCUACUGGCCGUUCGCCAUCCAGCCCAUUACCCCUCACAACUGAAGGUCGAAGGCGGCGGGCCGAAAGUGAAGAUACAGAGAAAGUCCGCAACAGACAGAGAAGCACGAGCCGCCAUGCUAGGGUCCCGAAUAUCAGUCGAGCUUCAGCAUCACGAGAAGCGAGUCUUGAAAGGCAUCGAGAGCGAUCCAUGGAACGCAUGAGAGAAAGAGAGUCAUCCAGAGGCAGGCGCAGCGAGAAAGUGUUAUCACGAGUUUCAGAGAAAUCACCCGAGCGCAUCCCUCGCCCACUUCAAGCGCCAACAAAACCGACAUUUCCAAGAGUAGAGACGACUUUCACAGAGGUCAAGCCGCUGACGAAGCGGGAGCUUGCAGCAAAAGAACUUGAAGAGCGACGACUUUCACUGGCGAGACGACCUUCUGCUCCUGCAAUCCCCCAUCCUGAUGAGCUUUUUCGGCCAACCCUGAGCAACCGCUCCUUUACCGACAUUAGUCCUUCCGGACCUGAAUCGCACACCCGGGAGCCCUCAUCCUCCAUCAGUGAGAAGGAUGUAUGGCGCAGUCCGCUGGACAAUGAUGCGCCCCCCCAGCGGCGGGCAAUAAAGACGAAUGGGACGAGCACAUCGUCAGUCCCUAUUGGGCUUCCAGCAACUCCAAGUGCCAUGAAACACCCAAAGUACAUGAGUCCUAAUACCGAGAACGAUAGUGUCCCUUCUGUGCCUGCUAUUCCGCCCGAACUUUCCAAUCAAAGUCCAAGUGCCCAGCAGGAUUCCGAUCCACUAUUUACUCUCCCGGCCACUACAUACGGUCAACUAACGAAAGCCGACAUCCAGCGUUCCGCAUCUGUUCCGCUUGAGCAAUCACUUGGAGCAUCUGCAACCUCUCCAGCGAGAUUAGGUGCUCGACGUGAGUCAGUCUCUACGAGGUAUCCUGGCCAUUCAAGAGUACCUUCUGCAGAGUCCCCUCAGCGCAGUCCACCGAUGCCUUCGCCCAUCGCUUCAAUUGGCGAGACCCUUGCUGCGUCACAUCAGAAACCGCAGGUUCGGGAACAAAAUGUCUUCACUGUAGACAAGCCAAAGUUUGGUAAAGUUCCUAGUCCUACCCCCACGCCAGUCCUCCCCGAACUGCAACACCUUUAUUCCCCUCCACCGCCACCGCCUCCACCGUCUUUAUUCCGGGGCAGCACCGCCACGGGAAUUUCAUCACAAGGUGUCAUCAACAUUGGCAUAGACAGCAACAAUUCGCCGCCUGCUUAUGGCGACUCUCCACGUGUCUAUUCCACCAGCACGCAGAGCUCACGCACAGGAACUCCCGCCGUCCACGAUCCUAACCUUGCCUCCUCCCCUGCCCAGGGUCAUCGUCGUGGUCGUGGCUCCGUCUCCGAGACCGUCGGCCAAAAGCUUCGCAGCGUCCGCGACCGAAUCCGUAGUACUAGCCGCGGUCGCAAUAACAUGAGCCCCGGAAAUGAUGCCCUUUCAGCCGGUGCCAGCCCGUACGAGUCGGUGCCUCCGCCAUUCACCUUCCCGCCCACUGGCAGCCGGACCAUGAGCCCAAACAACGCCGAGCCGAACAGCCCGGAGCGUCCAUACACGAGUCAUGGCGGCGGACAAGCGGCGACUCCGCAUCCGGAAGUAACCAUUCCUGCUGGACCGGGCGUAGGUGUCGUGAUGGGGCCGGAAUCAUCUCCUGGGCCAGCAUCUGCGGGUGCGGAGCAGAGGGGACCGAGGCCAAAUUUGCCGUAUCAGGGAUAUAGGAAUCCGAAGGAGAUCCGAGCAAAUAUGCCACCUGACCAACUGCAGUUGGGUGUUACAAAUUCAGCGUAUUUGGCAGGAGGGAUGGCUCCGACGCAGGGUGGGAAUGGGUGAACGGUUGGUGGCAAGAUCGAGGCUUCGAACGGCCUCUUAACGGCCUUUUGUGAGCUCGAAGGGGUACUCGAAAUUAACUAAGCAGCUUAGAAGAAAAUAGGGGCUAUUGAAAACCUCCUCGUUCAUGUUCACAGCACCUUAUUUUGGUACUUUAUGUUUGGAGUCCGGGUGUAGCAAAUUUGAUAUUGAAGCGGUUUCGUUUUGCUUUUCAAUUCGUUUUAUAUUCGGCCACGGCAUGAUAUCUUCUAUUCUUCGUGUUUUGGUUCUUCGAAGGGCAUGACUUUGGCAUUUAGCGAUGGAUCUGGGACUUUGGGACGACUGGACGACCGCGUAUUCAUCGAUUUGCUCAAAUUUUCCCUAGUCAUGUUGCGGGCCCUAGCUUGAGGGAUAAGCGAGCCGCAGAGUUUGCGUUAUGUGUUCUAGCAACGGGCAAGGA